AUGGUCGGUGGAGCUUCUGACGGCUGGAAUAGCCCUAACGAUCCCGAGAACCCGUUCAACUGGUCCCCCGUGCGGAAGUGGUUUGUAACAGGCUUAGGCCUUCUGGCUAGUUUCGAAACUCUUAUCAAUGGCACCAUCAUCACUGUGGCCCAUGAAGCGAUCAAUCAUCAGUUCGGCGUCAGUGAUGCAUCCUUUCCCAAUUCCUACUGGCCAGUGGCCUCUUGGGGCUUUGGCGGCGCCACCUUUUCUCUGAUCGUUCUUCCUAUCAUGGAAGACUUUGGAAUCCGCUGGGUGUUUCUCGCCAUCUAUCUUUGCUUUCUCUGCUUUCUGGUACCACAGGCUGUUGCGCAGAACUUUGCUACUCUGGUUGUCACCCGCUUCUUUACUGGGGGAUGCGUGGCUAUCCUGGCCAACACCGUGGCAGGAGUAAUUGGCAACAUUUGGUCCGGGGAUCGAGCUCGCACGCUCCCGAUCAGCCUCUAUAUCACCAUUUACAUGAUCUCUAGCAGCAUCGGCCCUGUCGUGGGCGCUUCUAUCUUUGAAUAUCUCUCAUGGCGCUGGAUUGGCUACAUCGAGUUAAUUUGGACUGGCGUCCUGUUUCCUGUCUUCCUCCUGGCUUUCCCCGAAACCCGAGCGUCGGCCAUCCAGAGCAAACGGGCUCGAAAAUUAGGUCGUACCACUGAAGCCGCCACGGAGCUGAAAAACGAGACUCAAGGAAGCGCAGGUCUACUCAUCCGACUGAGCGAGAGCAUCAAGCGGCCGCUCUACAUGCUCUUCACCGAGUCCGUGGUCUUCGUCGCCACCCUCUGGUCCGCGUUCAGUCUCGGAACAAUCUACGUCUUCACGCAGUCUGCGGAACAAGUUUUCAACGGCCUCUAUGGAUGGAAUGCGACGCAGGCAGGCUACGUGCAAGCUGCCAUCGUGAUCGGGGAGCUCUUUGGGUUCGUUCUGUGUCAGGUCUGCAAUCGGUGGUAUUUUGCCUCCGCUUCGCGCAACCCCGAAAUCCCGGGCAAGCCAAUCCCCGAGGCGCGGCUCUAUGCCGCCAUUAUAGGCGGUGUCUUGGGCAACACGGGGGGUAUGCUUAUUUACGCUUGGACCGCGUAUCGCUCGCUCCCCUUCAUCGCGCCCGCCAUCGGCCUCGCCAUGGUCGGUAUGGGCAGCACCGCUGUGGUAAUCAGCAUCGUGACCUACCUCCUGGACGCGUACGCGCACCUGGCCGGCAGUGCCAUCGCGGCCGUCGGUUUGGGUGAGAAUGUCUUCCUGGCGCUCCUGCCGCUGGCUACCCAGAGCAUGUACACGACUUUGGGCUUUCACUGGGCUAGCUUUCUCUUGGGUAUGAUCUCUUUGUUGCUGGCGAUGGUCCCGUUUGUUAUGUUGCGGUGGGGUGCGCAGAUCAGGGCGCGCAGCCCUCUUUUGCAGGAGGCGCUGGUGCUGACAGCCGAGAGCAUGUCCGGCCCAAGCGAAAAGUGA